AUGCCUCGGCGUGGCACUUUCGUCGACGAGCUUUUUAGUGGUGCCAACGUCACCGCGUACGAUUUUGAGGUGGUCUCGUGUGAGAUGAGACAUGACAUGUGGCUUGGAAUGCGUGUAGGCGAGGCUUCGCAUCCAGGCCCUGGUGGCAAGGCGGCGCAUCGACGCAAGCAGCGGGGCUUCCCGAAACCCAUCACGAAGGGCGAUGUCAGAAAGUGUCAGGACAUCAUUCAGACUCUUGUCCGAGAUUGGGCGGCCCGGCACUACCGUGUGGGCUUCCGGCUUCGAGAACUGAUGAUUGGUGGGGCCACGGCGCCUCGACUUGGCAUGAUGGCGGCGACCAGUGGGACUCAGCGGGGACUGCUAAUGGAUGCUAUGGCGGGUCUCUUUGACUUCUGGAUGGCGCAGAUGAAGUCUGGAACGCCCCAGCAGAAAGGACGCCGCCAAAGGACUCGACGGGCGAGGGCCCCAAGAAGCGAUGGCGCCGCAGACGAGGCAACAUCCAUCGUCAUGAUGAGCGUCGGGCGGACCAGGAUGCCGAGCGAGCAGCACUCCUGGAAGCUCAAGCACGAUGUCUGGCAGGCCAGGGGCGGCCUGGCUUUCAUAGAAACCGCCAAGGACAUGAGCGAGCUCUUGGUUGCAGGUGAGCGGGCCGAUGCGGAUGGGGCGGACUUUUCCCUCACUUUGCUCUACGAGGCUAGAUUUGAAGCCCUUGGUCUCCUGACGGCUUUGCGAGCACAACCCGUAGUGAUGCGCUUCACUGCAGAUGCAGCCUAUGGCACCAUUACCUGGGAGGAGCUUUCCAAGAAUCCCGCAAAGUUUGCCUGCAUCUGGGCAUCGCAGCAUGGCGUGCGUCAAGGUCUUGGACGCCUAUGGCUUCGCCAAGCAUGGAGGCUCCCGACUCCCCGGCCUCAUGCACAUCCGUAG